AUUUAUUUCAGAAUAUUAUACUAACGGUUAUUCAAAUAUAUAUGACGCUAUAGAAGACGUAGAAAUAAUUGCAGACUCCAUAAUAUCCACAGAUUUCAAGACAUGAUAAAUGAAACAUUGACAGAAAUCCAAGCCAUCUUUUCCCUACCCCGCAACCUUCCCAUUCCAACCAAAUGUAAAGAGACCUCAAAAAGUCCACAAGGAUGAGCAGUUUGCCUAAACAACAACCGUUUAUGUCAACCCAGAAUACACCACAAUCAGAAUACACCACGCAGUUAAAAAGAAUCAAUUUAGAUGAAACCAGAAACCGAGAAAUACUCGUGGGAGAAGUGAUAUGGUGUGGUGGGGGGAGAUGGAGGAGCUUUAUAAGAGGCUGUAGAACUGCGUGUCGUUGAGACUGGCAGGAUUAGUUGUGUGAGACGUCCUCCGUGUCUUGAGAGAGUGAGCGCUGCUGUAGAAACCAAAAUACAUGGACCUUAUCUGAGCUCAGUGAAAUCAGUGUUAUGUUGCUACUACUGCUUAAAUAGCAAUGUACUUGAGAAGAGAAAAACAUUUUGUUAGUUCAUGGGCCUAGGUCUAUUCUUGCCAUUUAAAGGCAAAAAUGAAUAUUACCAAUCUAACGACACUGGACCAGAAGACUGAUGUUACAGGAACAUUGUGUUGCAAUGAUAGCACACAGCCAAGAGUUCCUCAUGUCAAGAUUCAGCUACCUCUCAUAGAAACAGCUACUCAAACUGAAGAAUGGAUACCAACUGGAUUUCAGUCAAAUGUCAGCUCUUCUGAGAAACCUCCACCUUUUGAAAGGAAAAUAACUAAUAAUAUAGACUCUUAUUCCAUGUUUGAAGAUACCAUGUCAACUAGCAACAACCAUAAAGAUUUCAGAAACUUUAGAUUUAUUCCAAUUAAAAAAGGCAAACUGUCAAAGUAUCUUAUAGCUUUGAGGCCAUGGUCUUUCACAGCAUCCAUCACUCCUGUUGCUCUUGGCAGUUGUCUGGCUUACAAAACUCAAGGCGUGUUCAACAUUAGUAUCUUCUUUGCGGCCAUUGUUACAGCAUUGUGCGUGCAUGCAGCUGGCAAUCUAGUCAACACAUACUUUGACUUUGUGAAAGGUAUCGACAACAAAAAGAGUGACGACAGGACUUUGGUGGAUAACAUUUUGCUUCCUAAUGAUGUUGUGACCUUGGGGGCCAUGUUCUAUGUGGCUGGCUGUGUGGGUUUCAUGCUGCUGAACAUUAUGUCACCUGCGAAAAUGGAACACUUGGCCCUUAUAUAUUUCUGUGGUCUCUCCAGCAGUUUUUUUUACACUGGUGGGCUUGGAUUGAAGUACAUUGCUCUGGGAGAUCUUCUCAUUGUAUUGACGUUUGGUCCACUCACAGUUGUGUUCUCCUACCUAAGCCAGACAGGCCAGCUUUCGCUCACUCCACUCAUUUAUGCCAUUCCACUGGCUCUGAAUACUGAAGCGAUUCUACACAGCAACAAUACAAGAGACAUGGAGAGUGAUCGCUUGGCUGGGGCCUUAACUGUGGCUAUAAUACUUGGGAAAACAGGCUCAUACUGUCUCUUUUGCUUCCUGUUGUUUGUUCCUUAUAUUGUGUACAUCAUAGUUGGUUUGAACUAUUCCCCUUGGAUGCUCCUGCCAGCCAUAUCUAUCUUUAGUGUCUUUGCUCUAGAGAAGGAUUUCCGAAGGGGGAAUCUAGACACUGUGCCACAUCAGGUAGCUCGGCUAAAUUUGAUAAUGGGUAGUUUAUAUAUUGCUGCCAUUUAUUUGGCUCAUCCUGACACAUUGCCAUCUCUGACUCAUUUAAAUUAAAAAGUUGCUAUUAUUUGUGAUAUUUAUACACUAGCUCUGUUUGAGUCAUUGGAUAUAUUUUAACUAUCUCAAUAUUAGGAAAUGGAAAAUAGUAUUUUUUUUGUAAUGAGUGUAUUGUUUUUAAAAAUGAAAAAUAUAAUUUUACAGAACUUUCAAAUGUAUUGACUGAUAUAACUAGAAACAAUAUUUUUAUGUAUUAGUAGCUUCAUAUACUGGUUAGGCCCAUUGAUUUAUUACAAUAUACUUUUUUUUUUGAAAAUUCCAAGAGAUUCCCAAAAAUAUUUUUAAAGAUUCAAACAUGAGCCCAUUUUUUUCAUUCCCUAAAGCUGAAGUGAAAAAGCUUUGUCUUGUUAGUCUAUAACUCUUCCCCACAACAUGAACUCUAGUAUUCCUUACCUCCAGCAGCAACCCAAAAAAAAUCUAUUUCAUUUCGCUUUUAUAACUUUGUGCAUAUAAUCACAUUCAUGCAGCUAUUUUGUACUUUGGUGGGGAAAAAAGGAAACAUUUAGAUUCUUUUUAUAAAAUGUAUAUAAUUGUGAGCUAUUCACCAAACAGUUAUUAAAUACUUUAAAAAAAGGAAGGAGUAUAUUUUGUGCUAUUUAAUAUUUAUACUUUCUGUUUAUAGAUUUUAUUUUUAAAAAAAAAAGCUACAUCAAAAUGGCCAUUUUGGGAAUAAGAAUUAAUAUACAAAUGAUUAAUAAAAGGCUUAAAUUUUUUCACAAAUAUUCGUUCUUAGGCUGUGAGUCUAUAAAAACUCUUUCUUAGUGAACACCUAAAUAGCUAUACUUUCUAAAGUCUUAUAGCUAUACUUUCUCAAGUCUUAUAGCUAUACUUUCUAAAGUCUUAUAGCUAUACUUUCUAAAGUCUUAUAGCUAUACUUUCUAAAGUCUUAUGGCUAUACUUUCUAAAGUCUUAUGGCUAUACUUUCUAAAGUCUUAUAGCUAUACUUUCUAAAGUCUUAUAGCUAUACUUUCUAAAGUCUUAUCAUUUUUAUUCUGAAUACCUUAACAAUUUUUUUUUAGUAACCUGUCAUAGACUGAACUUAGUACACACAACAAACAAAAAAUUGGUGCUUUGUCUAUGAUUUAAUGUUAUUUGUUUAGCUACAUCUUGAUUCUUUUGUCAUUUUCAAGAACUUCAUGAUUAUAAAGAGUAGGCUACACUUUCUAACUUGCAGACAUUAUCAUUUUUCCCCAAGAUAUUUUGAGAUUUCUGUCUCAGGAACAUGUUGACAUACAUAUCAUGUUUGUUUUAGAAUAACUUUUUUUCCUCAAC